CUAAGAACUCUGGUUUGAGGAGCGGACAGGCCCGAGGUUUUCUCGGGUCCCGGGGCCUGAUCUGAUCUGCAGCCUUGAGGGAACCUCAUAUUUGACGUGGGCAUGACAGGACGUGUGGGGACCCCAGCCAUGCUGAAUAGAAGAAGCUGGGCCUGAAAAUGGAGAUGUAUGAAACCCUUGGAAAAGUAGGAGAGGGAAGUUAUGGAACAGUCAUGAAGUGUAAACGUAAGGAUACUGGGCAGAUAGUGGCCAUUAAGAUAUUUUAUGAGAAACCAGAGAAAUCUGUCAACAAAAUUGCAACGAGAGAAAUAAAGUUUCUAAAGCAAUUUCGUCAUGAAAACCUGGUCAAUCUGAUUGAAGUUUUUAGACAGAAAAAGAAAAUUCAUUUGGUGUUUGAAUUUAUUGACCACACAGUGUUAGAUGAGCUACAACAUUAUUGUCAUGGACUAGAGAGCAGACGACUUAGAAAAUACCUCUUCCAGAUUCUUCGAGCAAUUGAUUAUCUUCACACUAAUAAUAUCAUCCAUCGAGAUAUAAAACCUGAGAAUAUUUUAGUAUCUCAAUCAGGAGUUACUAAACUCUGCGAUUUUGGUUUUGCACGAACGCUAGCGGCUCCUGGAGACAUUUAUACAGACUAUGUGGCCACACGCUGGUACAGAGCUCCAGAAUUAGUAUUAAAAGAUACCUCUUAUGGAAAACCUGUGGAUAUUUGGGCUUUGGGUUGUAUGAUCAUUGAGAUGGCCACUGGAAAUCCCUAUCUUCCCAGCAGCUCUGAUUUGGAUUUGCUCCAUAAAAUUGUUUUAAAAGUAGGUAAUUUAACACCUCACUUGGAGAAUAUCUUUUCCAAGAGUCCUAUUUUUGCUGGAGUGGUCCUUCCUCAAGUUCAACACCCCAAAAAUGCAAGAAAAAAAUAUCCAAAGCUAAAUGGAUUGUUGGCAGAUGUAGUUCAUGCUUGUUUACAAAUUGAUCCUGAUGAGAGGAUAUCAACUACUGAUCUUUUGCAUCAUGAGUAUUUUACCAGAGAUGGAUUUAUUGAAAAAUUCAUACCAGAACUGAGAGCUAAAUUGCUACAAGAAGCAAAAGUCAACUCAUUCAUAAAGCCAAAAGGAAAUUCUAAAGAAAAUGAACUUAUGAAAGAUGAAAGAAAAACAAUUUAUACCAAUACCCUGCUAAGUAAUUCAGUUUGGGGAAAGGAAGUGGAAAAAGAGAAAAAGCCCAAGGAGAUCAAAGUGAGAGUUAUUAAAGUUAGAGGAGGAAAAGGAGAUGUCUUAGAACCAAAGAAGACAGAGCAUGAAGGUGCACAUUGUCAACAGGAUGCGGUUGAAAUUGCUCACACUGUGUCUCAAGAUGCAAACAUCAGUGAUCCACUAAAUCCUCUCAAUCCCAGCACUAACUCUACGGGCAUGAAAGACGAUCCACAUGCUGGAGGUAGUAUGGUGAUGCCACCCAUCAAUCUAACCAGCAGUAAUUUGAUGGCUUCAAAUCCCAGUUCAAAUCCCUCCCACUCUCAUUCAAGGUUAAGUGAAAGAGCAAAAAAGAGGCGUACUUCUUCACAAUUUGUUGGACAAGUUAUGUCUAAUAGCAAGCAUGAGAAUACAGGUCCCUCUCAAAGCCAAAUGGAGAAGAGUGCAUUUAAUGAUCGAACAGGUCCAAGUGACCAAAUGGCAAAUGGAAACAAAAGGAAGCUGAAUUUUUCCAGAUUUGAAAGGAAAGAAUUCCAUUUUCCAGAAUUGCCUUUCAUAAUACCGUCAAAGGAGAUGAAAGGAAUGGAAGUUAAACAGAUAAAAGUUUUGAAGAAGGAAUCAAAGAAAAUUAAUUCAUCUAAAAUACCAACUUUACUUAAUGCAGAUCAAUAUCAAGAAAAAGAAGAGAAUACAGGAAAUGCACAAGCUGAAAGGAUGAAGAACCUGCCAGAUGUAGAGUAGAAAAUGCAGCAGCUGAAAAUUCUGGGAAUCCCAGAAUCACUGUAUGGUUUUAAAAGCUCCUUUUUAUUAAUAUUACAUACACAAAAAUGCUGACUAGAGAAUUCUUCAGAUAUAUCGUAAAUCCUGUGUAGUUAUAUAUUUGCUCACCUAAGUUUGUUUUUAAAUUUCUUAAUCUUUAUUCAUCUUUUCUUAAUUUGAACGUUAAUUUAUAAAAACUGCCUGACUGGUACAUCCUAAUAAAACUAUAGCUUAUGUCAAGUCAUAUAAUUUUAUUUAAUGACCUGUUAUCUUAGUCAUGUUUGAUUAUUGGUCAUUCUUAGCUUUGGCUCAGAACUUUACAAUUAUAGAUGGAAAAGUUUCUAAAUGUGUAAUAAAGUAGGGUCCCAAUGUCUGGGAGCACCAAACAUUUCUGAGCAAACAAAUACCCUUGAUAAACAUGAAACAUGGGUUUGGUUCUGCACUGGACAUUCUGAAAUGGCAUUUAAACAUA